GCAUAGUCGGGCAUAGGCAGCAAUUGAAACCCAUGACGCCGUGGUUGAAGUGUGGAAGAUACACAGACGCACGUGUAUGCCUGGUGACGCUGUUAAACGGGCCACCAUCCGCAUCUUGUCUCACUCUCUGACCAAAGAUGCGCGGCACCGUGUCCCACCCGGUGGCGCUAAUAUGCCUCUCUUUAUCCGCGUAUCUCCUGUCUGCAAGAUAUUAUACCAGUGCUUCUUUUGAACGUCCUAUCCACUUCUCAGUUAUCGCUCUUCUGCUCACUGGGAUAUCUUUGCUGGCCUCUACAUAUUAUUGGAGUCGUCAAGGUGAUUACCAAUCUCUCACCAUCGUGGCAAAUCACAAGAGUACGACAGAUGUUAUUCAACCAACAAGCACGGCUGUCAAGUAUGUAAGAAUCGGGCUAGAGCAUGUUCUACAUCUUCAUCCGUCCUUUCCUUUCCUUCUAUUCUGUAUAGGAUUGCGGACAUGGCUCUAUUGGGCAGUUAUUAGAACUACGCAAUGUUCACGCACUGGUAUAGAGGCAUUUCUACCUCUUUUCACCUUUAUCAUAGAUGCAGUAAGACCUCUAUACACUCCAUCGAGGUCACAAUAUGGCAGCCUCAAUAGACCGCAGACACAGUGGUCUAUACCGUCAAAAUCGCAAAUCAUAUUCACCUUUCUCGCCAUAGUAUGGCCUCUAUUUGUAUUGUCCUCGGAAGAAAGCUCCAUCACUGCCACCGGCACUAUUUGCCCCAUUGGAUGGCGAUGGGAACGCUUCGUUCCUCUCAUUCAGCUGUUCAAUAGCGUACUCGAUGCCGCCAUUAUAAGCUGUACAUCUCAUCUGGCUCGUGCCGCGAUGGAGGACGGUGUCGAUAUAGCUGCCUUCAUGAGUAAACUCUCGCUUAUCGCGGCAGGAAGUAUUUUACUUCUCUCUUUUCCUUCCUGGCUUUCUGACUCGGAAUUUGUCAUGGCAUUCCGCUUUCGAGCCCUUGAUAACCGAGAUUUUGCAAUUGAUGGGUUCUUGGCAGCUAUUGGAAUACUGUGCGGCAUAUCACUGCUGUCUUCUUUACAUCCAGCAUGUCUUGCCCUUCUCGUGACAACUGCCACAUUUAUGGGCUUACAGAUACCGCUUCGGAGAGUUAUUUCGGUUCUACCAUCCUCAUCUUAUGACGAGCUUACAAAACACACGGCUCUUGCGAUUCUUGUAGCGGUGCCCUUAUGGUAUCUUGCUAUUCGUGUUCACCAUGCUGAAGAUUCUGCUACGUCGCGGGAAUUAUUCAAGUGGCUUAUCAUCUGCAGUAGUGGAUUUGCACUCCUUGCCUUGGAAACAGUAACGCGGCUGCUCUUCUUUAAGCACUCGUCUAUGGUUUCAGUUGAUGUAGCCAUUAAUUCACUUGUUUCAGAAGCGUCAGCACAAGCUUUCUCAUGGGAAUUGCAAGCAGCAGUUAGUCUAUCAUUGGCCGACGCUGCGAGUGAAUACACGAAGAGAUAUGGCAUCCCACCCCCACCACAUUUUGACAAAUGGUAUGAGUUCGCCAGCGGACAUAAUUCUGCCGUUGUCGAUGACUUUGAUCAGAUUAACAACGAUUUGCUCCCAUUCUGGGGACUAGAUCCUGGACGUAUACGUGAGCAGACCACCAGGGUCUUCAAAUAUGGAAGCUCUGAAAUGGGCGGCAUGCGCAUUAGGAAUGGAUCCGUGGAGCAGUCGCCGUAUAUACCAGGAUCGCAUCGCUGGAUGACGGACUCUUUCCAAAAGAUGAUUGAACCUUUCGCUCAAUGGCUGCCUGAUAUGGAUAUAGCCAUCAAUCUCGCGGACGAGUGUCGUAUGGCAGUUCCAUUCGACCAAAUGAAACAACUAAAAGCCAACGCCCGAAAGAAUAGAGAUAAAGUGAAAGGCCAAAAGAAACAGAAGGGUUGGCCAAGCAGUCAAUUUUCACAUUCUGCAUGGCCCAAGGAUUUCCCAGAGCCAUUACCUCGAGCAACAAAUGGCAGAAAAGAUGCUAUCGAUCCCAAAUUCACGAACAAUAUUCGAAGACCAAUCUUUUACGAUUUUGUUGCCCCCUCAUGCUCACUAGAUUCUGCCGUGAAUUCUGGGCGGUGGUGGGAUUGGAGUAAACUCUGUGUUAACUGUAUAAGUCCACAUUCUGUAUUGACGAGCAGCGGUGUAUUGCUGGCAAACACAUCACUUGCUCACGAUCUUUGCCACCAGCCAGAUGCCGCAUAUUUGGAUGGGUUUCUCAACUCGCCAUCUGCUAUGAUAGGCACGAAAGUCUUCUUCCCCAUAUUUAGCCAAGCACGUGUUGGUGGCUUCUCAGACAUUUUGAUUCCAUCACCAUGGAAUUUCGACGAGAAAAGUGCAUUCAAAGAGGACAGAGGCGUGGCGUGGGAGGAGAAAGAAAAUGGCCUUUUCUGGCGUGGAUCGCGGUCUGAUGGCUUCUCGGCUCAUGGACGAUGGCCAGGAUUCUUACGGCCAAGGUUUGUGCAUGAAGCUUACGAUAAAACGAUAUCAUUGCAAUCUUCUGGUACAAAGUCUUCAAUGAGUGUCAAUGUUUCUUUUAUUGGACAAGUAUCUAAAUGCGACGGAAGAGACUGUGCCGCUGAAUCAGAGCUUUAUGAGAAAUGGGGUCUAGCGACAAUGAGCAAGGUUCCAGUCACCACAGAAGCUAAACAGCUCCCUCCCAGCGUUCCAUUUGAGGAACAUUGGCGAUACCGUCAUUUGAUGGACAUGGACGGCGCAGGUUUUAGCGGCCGCUUUCUUCCCUUCUUGGAGAGCCGCAGCUUGCCCUAUCGCGCAGCCGUCUUUCGCACUUGGUACGACGAACGACUCCAAGCUUGGCAUCAUUACGUCCCUGCAGAUCUGAGGCUCGGCUCGGGAUUUUGGUCCGUUUUCGAGUUUUUCAGUGGAGGUCCUAAUGACAAGAACGGUCAAGGACCUGACAUGGCUAAGAAGAUUGCUGAGCAAGGUAGAGAAUGGACGCGCAAAGCGCUGAGAAAGGAAGAUAUGCAGAUUUACAUGUUUCGCUUGCUAUUAGAAUGGGGGAGAAUCACACAUGAUGAAAGAGAGGAUCUGGGUUUUACAAUAUAGACAAUUAAACCGAAUAUUAUAUAGCGAGAGAACUGAUCCUUGAUUUUCAACGCAAC